UGCAGCCAUUAGCUUGGUGGGGAGGAUGAGCUCAGGAAAUGGGACCAGGAGGAAAGUCAAGCCGCAGCAGUUCAGUGCCAUGGUGGCGUCUGACCCCGAAACACUGAUCGAGAUUCAAGGUCUUUUCAGUAAAGUCCGAGUCUACGUGAAGCCGUCGGGUGGCGAGUGGAGUAUCCCCGAUCCGAAUGAUGCUCUCAAACACCCGGUGGAGGAGCACUGUCGGCUGCAGGACCUGAAGCUUGCUCUGAACGCUGUGAAGAACCAGCUGAGCGACAAGAACAUCCAGAUCUGGCAUCAGCACACCACCUCCACCAAUCGAGCUGGGAAGGUGAUCGCCGCCGUGCGUUCUGCUGCCAACGCAGAGAUCUGCACUCAGGCCUGGUGCAAGUUCUAUGAGAUCCUGGGAACCUUUAACCUUCUUCCAAAGGAGGCUCUUCAGAAUGGAGAGCUGAACACCGUCCACCUGUGUGAAGCUCCGGGCGCCUUCAUAGCCGCUCUGAACCACUGCAUCAAAACCAGCGAGGCCACGCGCUACUGCGACUGGAGCUGGGCCGCCAACACUCUCAACCCGUACCACGAGGCUAACGGGGGGAACACGACCAUCGCAGACGACCGGUUAAUCGCCAACACGCUGCCCUGGUGGUUCUUUGGUUCGGACAACACGGGCAACAUCAUGCUCCAGAAGCACUUGCUGGAGCUGCAGCAGUUUGUGUCUAACAUGCACAGAGUGGAUCUGGUGACGGCAGACGGGAGUUUCGACUGCCAGGAGAACCCGGACGAGCAGGAGGCGCUGGUGGCGUCGCUGCAUUACUGCGAGGUCACAGCUGCACUGCUGCUGCUCAGCCCCGGUGGCUCCUUUGUGCUGAAGAUGUUCACGUUGUAUGAAGACUCCUCCACCUGCUUACUCUACCUGCUGAACUGCUGUUUCAGCUCUGUAAACGUUUUCAAACCUGCCACCAGCAAGGCCGGCAACUCGGAGGUUUACGUAGUGUGUCUGAACUAUGACGGCAAGGACGCUGUGAGGCCUCUGCUCUCUAAACUCAUUCGUUAUUAUGGUCCAGAGCUGGCCGACCGGGAAGCACUUUUCCCAAAUGAAUUAAUUCCAGAGUCGUUUCUGAAACAGCACGACGAGGUGUGCUCCUACUUCCACACGCUGCAGCUGGAGACGAUCACAGAAAACCUGCGACUGUUUGAAAGCAUGAGCACAGAGCAGAGGCAGCGGCUCGACCACGUCAGGGACUCUGCGGUUCAUGAAUACCUGCAGCGAUUCCAGGUGAGCUUCCUCCCACGGAGCCGAUGGGUCUCUCGUAACACUGUGACUCCCGCCUGCUGCAGCGUCUCAGGGGGUCGACCUCCAGGGCAGAGGAAGCAAACAGGGUCCUUUAAUGAGCGAAGGGAGCUGCAGACCCUGACCUGGAGGGAGCGAGUCGAGAAGGGUAACCAUGCCGCCUGGAUACAAAGACACUGCACCGAGGCCGGUGGGACGGGCUGCGUGCUGGAAGGCCCCCAGUCCAAGUGCCACGUGGAUUCGUGGUACGUUAUUGCCGGGCCCGCGCUGCCUGCACUCAGAAACUCUCCGUUCUGUGAAGGAGGGCUGUUGAACCACCUGAAUGAAGCCCUGAUGGACACAGUGGUCGACUGGGCGGGUGUGCUGCCCUGUGGCUCUUGCCAUGUGGUUUGUGCAGCCUCCAUCUUGGCCGGUCUUCCAGGCGACAGUGGCGGGAACAAAAAGAAGAGACAGUGCCAGGUGUUUGGCAGCCGCACAGUUUGGUGUGCACGUGAGAACCAAAUUGAGGAUUUGGGCUUAGUGUUUUCUCCGGAGCCGUCCCUUCCUCAAAGAGGCUGCAUCACGCUGCACGACGGGGAGCCGCUGUACCAGCAGCAGCUCGUCGGCUGUGUUGUGUUGUCCCUGCAGACGCUGAACCCUGGGGAUGCCCUGCUGCUGCCUGUGUUUUCUGCCCUCACACGUGUCACAGCAGCUGUUGUAUUCUGCCUGCAUGUGUGUUUUCGCUCAGUCACAUUCAGGUGUCCGCCCCCCACCGGUGUUGUCGGGACGGUGCUCGUGUGCGUCGGCUUCUGUGCUAACGCUGCCGCUCGAGUACUGCCCGUUCUCACGGAGGUGCACAACUGCAUGAGUCAGCUGUUGAGAGGAGAGGGCGGCGACAGUCCGACUUCUGGCUGGGACAGACAGGUGCUGCAGUUUGUCCCCAUGGAGGAGCUGCUCACCGGAGGACUGACGGAGUUCCUGUCGACCAUGAACUCUGAAAUCAUCCAGCAGAAGCUGCAUCUUCUCAUGCAUCAGUCAUAGUGCAGGUUAUUGAGCGGUGACGUGAUUUAUUCAGGUGUCAUUUAUUAUAACUGCACGACUGUCAGCAUUUAGACCAUGAAUCUUUCUUGUGUGCUGAUAUAAAAAAGUCAUUAAACUCUUCACUCUUUUAACAAUGUUUAAAUCUUGGUGGACAGAUCAACAUUUAUGCGACAGAACCAAAGAUUUGGUCAAUUUUAUUUCACACAUUUUUUUUUUCCUUGUCAGAAAGUGGCAACUCUAUUUCCCACAAUGCAACUCAACUACAGACAGUUAGAUCUGAGGAUCAUCUGUGUUAUGUAAAUAGCAGCUCAUGUAGCCGCGAGCCUCAAGCAGAGCUGACGAGUGGGCUGCACAGGUGUGGUAAGCUCGCUUCUUUCAAACGCCACACCUCCAAAUGUUUUUCUGCCGGUUUCUUUCGACUUCAAACAGCUCCCUUGAGACACAUUAAGACCCUUUGUUCUACUGUGUUUUUAAUGCUUUUUAUUUAUUGAGGAGUUUUGAAACAAUCUAUUGGAAAGACGCGUUUAUUUUCCAAACUGUAGAAUGUCCUGUUCGGUACAUAUUCAGUUAUUAAUGUCUUCCACUAAAGGGUGAAGGAUCCUUGUUAAAGACGUGUCUUUAUUUGAUGGAUACACAGAAUUAUCAUAAAUCAUAGAAGAACAAGCUAACUAAACAUAUCACCGAAAAACAUCUAAACAAAGGUCACCCUUUUUGUUUGAUCUACUAACCUUAAAGUGCCUGUUGUCUUUAACAACACAUUAUUUCAUCCCAUUGUGUUGGAUCUUUUCUCUCUGACAUUUUGCAGUGAGGAAAAUAUUCUGUCUUCAUAUGAAAGGACAGACUGCACUAAACUCUAGACCAUGCAGGUGUAAGUACUGCAGGGUUUAAUCAACCAUACUGUCACAUAAGCUUCAAUAAAAUAACUGUAGCUCUGGUUGUAUAUUUGUAGUUUUUACAUUUGUUUACAUGUAGAUUUUAUUUUUUGAUUUGUGUUUUCUAAUAUGCAGAAAAUGUUACUGAAGAGAUUUAUUUCCAUACAUGAAAACAUUUUAAUAAAAAUUUGCACUGACA